AGAUCCCCAACAUUAGCUGAUUGCACAUUCGUUAGCUGACAGACACCAGCGCCAUGGCGCAUGACCUUGCAUUGGUGGAGGAAACAGAAGUCUCUGUCUACUCGUUUGGCCAGAACUCGUACGGGGAGCUCGGACACGGGGAUACCGCUCCGCGUUAUGCACCCGUCCGAGUGGAAUUCUGCCAAGGACGCAACGUCGUCGACGUCGCAUGUGGCAACGAAAACACGGUCGUGCUGUGUGAAAACGGAGAAGUGUUUGUGUGCGGGUACAACGACAGCGGGCAGUGCGGUAUGGGCACAACGCAGCGAGUGAAUUCGUUCAAGCUUAUCAUGGGUCUCAUGGACAAGCACGUGGUCAAGCUCAGCGCUGGCAACGGCUGCGAACACGUGGCGGCAAUCACAGAUGACGGGGACAUGUACACAUUUGGCUACAACGCCCGCGGGCAACUGGGCCUUGGCACGACGUCCGCCUGUGCGUUUCCCACGCGCGUGGACGCCAUCGCGGUGGUCAAAGUGGCCAGCAGCUACUUUCACACGCUCGUGGCGACAGAGGACAACGAAGUGUACGGGUGUGGUCGGAAUGACUUUGGGCAGCUGGGCAUUCCCGACGGACUAGACAAGCAUGUGCUGCACCGGGUGCCGUUUUUCAGCGGCCGGCGGGUGCUCGCCAUGGCGUGUGGCCAGUACCAUUCCCUCGUGUCUGUGGCCGAGGGCGGGCUCUUUGCAUUUGGCAAGAACGACCACGGCCAACUGGGCGUAGACCCGCCAGGCGUCAAGCCCACCCCCGUGCCCGUGUACCUUGGACCCGACUGUCAAGUCGUCGUGCAGGUGGCCUGCGGGUACUACCACUCGGUGGCGCUCACACAGGCGGGCCACGUGUAUACGUUUGGGCGCAACGACAAUGGCCAGCUCGGCCUCGGCCACCAGCACACGGUGGCCACUCCCACCUUGGUGUCGCACUUGACGGCGUUCACGAUCGUGGACGUGGCGUGCGGAUGCUACCACACGCUCACGCUGAGCGACGCAGGCCGCGUGUAUCCAUUUGGGCGGAACAACCACGGACAGCUGGGAACCAACACCAACUUGGACAGACUAUUGCCCAUCUGCAUCGAGUCCCUUGGCCAUGUCAGAGUGCUAAAGAUUGCAGCGGGGUUUUACCAUUCCGUGUGCAUCACGGGUACGUCGUCGUUUGGUCCGACGAGAGGGGCGGCGGCGGCGGCCCCGUCGCUCGGGCGCGACUUGGCGAGUCUUGUCGACAACCCCGUGCGGAGCGACGUCCGGUUCGUCGUGGACGGACGCGUCGUGUACGCGCACCGGUGCAUCCUCAUGGCACGAUGCGAGCCGUUGGAAAUCAUGCUGGGCGGCCCCAUGCGCGAGAGUUUGCAGGCCGAGAUUGACCUGCCCCACUUAUCCGUACAAACAAAUAUGCGAUACCGUCCAGACGAUUAUGCGGAUGAGCACGGGUGUGUGUACCUUGUAGCAUGCUGUAUUCGUUGCGAUGCUCCACUAUAUUUACACCGACACUGUCCCCGAGCUGGAGCAUCAAGGGGCGGACGACGUCGAGUUUGUCUUGGACUUGAUAGCCCUGGCCGACCAGUUCCUCCUCGACAACUUGAAGCGGAAAUGCGAACGUGCGAUACAAAAGAGCAUCACAACCGACAACUUUGCACUUGUCAUUGUGACGGCACACGCCCGCCAAGCCCACAGUCUCAAGCGGAGCUGCAUUGACUUUAUCCUUGGCCACUUUGGAGCGAUCAUUGGCAUGCCAGAGUUUAUGGAAUUGCCGCCAGAGGUGAUGCAGGACAUCCUCAGCACGGCGUCGCGGCGGGGUGUGAUCAUCAAAUCGGGCUAAGACGUUUUAGUUUGCAAGUCUACUGUCUUUAAUAUAUAUAUAUAUAUACACGAAAGAGAGAGAGAUAUCAAUGUGUGGUUGAUGUUUUACUUCAAUUCAGACAGCAUCGCCGUGGGGUUUUCCAAAAAGUGCUUCCAUUUGGUCGAGAACCGAGCCAUGGUCGCGCCGUCAAUGAUGCGGUGGUCGCCGCUCCACGACACGUUCAUCACCUUGACCGGCACCACGGCUCCCGCGGCGUUGAAGCGCGGCAGCGUCUGGAUCUUGCCGAUGGCGCCGAUGGCGACCUGGGGUACCAUGAUCACGGGCCCCAUGUACGUGCCGCCGAUGCUUCCAAUGUUGGACAGCCUAUCACAGCACGCAGUAGCCAUCCAUGAGUAUAUUCGUUUCAGCAUGCAUAGAUAGCCCAAGAUGCAAAGCCAUUGUGUGGACGAGAGAGCAAGACGUACGAGAAGGUCCCGCCCGUCAAGUCGUUGGGGCCCAACUUGCCCGCCGACGCCAGCGCUUGCAACCGCCCCAGCUCUUGAGCAAUAUCGAGAAUCGAUUUCGACUAGGGAAUAUUGAACGACCAUAAGUAAAAGUUGUUUGCUAAAUUCAAUGAAAUAGC